AUGAUAAAUAAAUUUCUACCUUUACGAAAAACCCACCCAAAUCUAGAUAAAAUUCCCUUUCAUCCAUUUUUUACUUUUAAAGAUUUAAUUGGAUUUAUUAUAAUAUUAAUAUUAUUAAUCAUAUUAACAUUAAUUAAUCCAUAUUUAUUAGGAGAUCCUGAUAAUUUUAUUCCCGCUAAUCUAUUAGUAACUCCAAUUCAUAUUCAACCUGAAUGA